CUCUCUGCUCUAACCUCCUCUCUACUUGAAUGAACUACAAGUGCAAAGUCAUACAUACUACACUGUUUAGUGUAUGCGAGAGAGAGAAGGAAACAAGGUAGCCGAGGGCAUUUUACGGUUAAUAGUUACGUAAAGACAACACUUAUUUCCAGUCACCGAUUUUCACGGAGUAAUGGAGUCUCAUGUAAACGCGAAACGGCUUUUUAAUCACGCAACAACCCUGAAGCUUCACACGGGAAAUUUAGUAAACCGCAGUCGACUUAAGAAAUGUCCGGCUUCGCCGCCUAGUGAGGAGCUUCAAGACUGCAUCCAAGGCACACUAAGCGAGUGGUUUGCCGCAAUGCCGUCAUCACUUGACUCAGAGCUUCCUAGUGUUUUGGACUGCACCAUUCCAGAAAACACAGAGGCCAUCACCCCAGAGGAGAGAGAGGAGCUGAAGGUGUCCGUCAAGCUUUUUCUCACUGAGGCGCACCGCUCGUCCAUUAGAAGUGCAGUAGACAUGGCUUGUCUUUCGUUAGGCGUAUCUCAGCUGGACUCUGUGAUCAUUGCUCCGCCUCCUCUCCCCGAGGGCGAGGCGCAGAUGCUGACCCACCUGCAGCCGCUGUGGGAAGAGCUGGAGAGUCUCGUGCAAAGCCAGAAAAUCGCUGCCAUCGGCACGUCAGACUUGGACAAAACUCUUCUAGAGCAGCUCUAUAACUGGGCUCAGAUUAAGCCAAGCAGUAAUCAGGUGAAUCUGGCCUCGUGCUGUGUGAUGCCUCCAGACCUCACUGCGUUUGCUAAAGAGUUCGACAUACAGUUGCUAACGCACAAUGACCCCAAAGAGCUUAUCAGUGCUGCAGGCUUCCAGGAAGCAGUACAGGGGAGCAGUAAGGACCUGCAGGUGGCCGACUGGAGGUUGGAGUGGGUCUUACGUUACUCCAUCAUCGUCAAGAGCAGAGGCAUCAUAAAAGCAAAAGGCUACAUUGUUCAUGCUAAAAAGGGCAGCGACCAUUAACAUGUCCUGUUUGAACAGGUUUUUUUUGGUUUCCUGAAAUUUAUUCCACUUAAUUUAGGGAGCUAUUAAAUCAUUGAUGCAUAUUUUACAGGGUGUUUCUCAACACACUAAAGAGAAUUUGAAUUUUCAAAGGAACAAUAAUUCACUCGACCCUCUUAACUGGUUUUUCCUCAUGAUUAGGAAUAUUUCGACAGCUAUCGGUUCUUGUAGAUAAAUGCAAAGUGCCUCUUUUUCCUGACUUGGCCUGGUUGAAUUCUCAAUAUUUAUCCAAAGGGUAAAAAUUAAAUAUAAAAUAAUGGGUGAUGGGAUGGCAGAUUAAGGUGCUUCAAAUGCCAAAAUGUUGUUAAUUUGUUAAGGUUGUUAAGGUUUGUUAAUUAGGCCUAUACAUUUAAGUACAUGGGCAGAGGGACAGAUUUACAGUCCUGGUUUUCAAAAAAUACACCUGUAUUUUUCUGUUUUAUUUAAAAUUGUUUACCACAUUUUUUUUUAAAGAGUGGGCCACAUAGUUUUAGGUUUUUUAUUUAAAUUUUUAAUGUCAAAUUUUAAGUCUUGCUGGCAUUUUAAGUUUGUGUAAUUUUAUUUUGACCGAUGCUUUGCUUGGAAUGUUCAAUAGUUGUUGCCUGUUGUCAAUGGAUGAUUCUGUCUCUUUUGCAUCCCUUUGUAAACUAAGUGCUUUGCUUAUCUGAGAUCAAAGAAAUGUUCCAAUAUGUAACUGUAUGGGAUGCUGUUAACAUGCAUGGCAUGAACGGCAUUAAUUCAUUGUAUAUAAACACUGGAAAAUUCCACAUUUGAAGGAAAAUAAUGAUUAUAGUUCCAGUCUCUAACGGAUAGUCAGAAUAUAUAUUUUUAAUUGUGUUAUUUAUUCUUUGUAAUGACAAUUCCUGUUGGAUCCAAUCGUAUAGGGAGUUUUUUCAUGUACUAUACAUGUAAUUACUAUUUUCAAAUCCCAUAUUGUGUGUUAAACAUUACAUUUGGUUUAUAAACUUCGGAAUUGAAAAUGAA